AUGACAUCUAAUAAUAUAAGAGAAGCAUUAAGUUUGAUAAGAGAAGCUCAAAGAUUGCUUGAUGUUGGAAACUACUUGCCAUCUAAGACAGCGGGAGCUUUUAGAUCAAUCAUCCCUAUAGGUUCCCUUUAUGAUGUUAGUUUGCUUCAUUCUUUCAUUGAUAAAUAUAAGCACGAUGCGACAGGAGCCCAAACCAAAUUGAGUAACGCAGAAAGACAAAUAAGCAAUUGUUUCCAAGCACUAGAUAGAGAAAUAUCGAACAAGGGUGGUCAAAUAACUUCGCUGAAUGGUCAAAUAACUUUUCUAAAUAGUCAAAUAACUUCAUUAAUUGAUCAACUAACAACUUCUCAAUAUCAGAAUUCAAGAAAGAGCACCGAAAUAAAUGAACUUAAUGUGCAAUUGGAAGAAAAACAAGAACAAAUUGUUGCAGUUCAAAAUGAAUUAAAAGAUUUUAAGGGUUUGGUAACUGAUUUACGAAAUGAAAAUGGUGACAAAGAUAAUGAAAUACAUGGAAAAGAAAAAAGAAUAAAAAGAUUGAAAGAGGAUAAUGAAAAUUUAAGCAAAGAUUUAUCACAAUUUCAGAGAAGUAUAAUUAUAAUCGGUUAUACAGGUAGUGGAAAAUCCACACUUGCUAAUUUAAUUACUGGAACUAAUAAUUUCAAAGAAAGUGAAUACUGUGUUAGUGAAACCAAAGAGGGUAAACUUGAGAAGUUUACUGCAGAGAAUGGAAUAAAGUAUCACAUAAUUGAUAUUAUCGGAAUUAAUGACACAGAAUUGUCUACACAAGAGACAUUAAAAAAAUUAAAAGAAGCAACUCGUCAAAGUAGUUACAACUUAUAUCAAGUUUUGUUUGUGUUUGGUGGAAGAUUUACAAAAGCAGAAACAAAAGUAUUUAACUUGAUAAGAGAGAAAUUGUUUAAGUACAAUGAGGAUAUCACCAAGUAUAUUACUUUGGUCAGAACGAGAUUUAUACAUUUUCAAAAUGAAAGUAAAUGUAAAAAUGAUAUUGAUCGUUUAAAAUCUCAAAUCGGGAAGGAGAUAGUUGAAUCGUGUGGAGAAGGAAAAAUUAUUCAUUUAGAUAAUCCACCAAUAAACGUUAGCGGCGACGACAGUGAAAUAGUAGAAACUCAAAUUAAUCUAAAUAAAAAAAUUCGGGAAUUAUCGAGAAAAAAAAUAUUGGAUCACUUAUUAUUUCAUUGUCAAGAAAGUUUUCAAGAUCAUGAAUCGUAUAAUUAUUUGGGAAAUAGUUUAGAAAUCAAAUAA